UUACUAACAAAAACACGAUGAAAAUGAAAUAUGUGGAUUUGAUUAUGUUGGUGAUAAUAUUAAAGAUUGUUAUUGAAAGUGCAGCAGAGUCUGUUUAUUUUGACCCGGAUGGAUGUAACCCAGGAACUCCUUUUUCGUGUGCAAACACUGGUAAAGUUUGCAUCCAUUCAUCUCUACUUUGUGAUGGGAAUUUCGAUUGCCCCGAUCAUGGUGAUGAAGAGGAUUGUGUUGCCAUAAAUACUACAGAUAAAAUUACAUGCGUAAUGCCUAUGAAUGAAACAGGAAAUGGUAGCAUCAGUGAAUACAAACGCCAACUAUUGGAAGCACAUAACUACUUUCGAUGUAUGCAUGGCGUACCACCUCUGGUGUGGGACAUUGUAUUGUCAGAAGCAGCAAGUGUAUAUGGAAAUGUUACCUUAAAACAAGAAUCAACAGCAUUAUUUCUCGGUCAAAUUUGGCCUUUUGGAGAAAACACUGCAAUGUAUCGUCGGGACCAUUUUCCAGCAGUAACAGGUAUGGAAACUGUUGACUAUUGGUGCCAGCAAAAACAGAUGUAUAACUGCGAUGAAUCCAAGCCUAGUAUACUUACUGAUAUGUUUACACAAGUCGUCUGGAAAAAUACCACCAGAAUCGGUUGUGGAAUUGCUGAAGGACAGGAAGUAUAUGUGGUGUGUAACUACUUUCCAAAAGGAAAUGUUAAUGGUACAUUCAUCGAAAACGUACCUUGUGCGAAAAAUACUACUUUGACUGAAUAUUGA